AUGCCUUUGAGCAACCAGCAUCGCCGAGCCUUGCGAGGACUGUACAACUGGCGCAUGUUCGCCUGCGUUGUGGUUCUCCUGGCCUUUACCAUCUUGGCCGUCGCUUUUCUUGUUUCCUCUAUUCCAAAUAGUGGCAAUGGCUCGACGAGCAGCUCUGCACACGGAAUUGACCACACGCCCACAAAGGCAACCACUGUGAACACCCCUACCCACCAGCUUGUCAACUUUGACGAACCCGAGAGAAAGAACGACGAUGCUAACCCAAUGUCCCGCAACCUCUGGUUCUCCACCUGUAGUGAGAUCCCAACGAGUUCCGCCUGGUGCACAAGUCCCGCUUUCCGACCGCGUGCUGUUGGUGAGAAGCCAUCGAAGAUAACCAAUGCGCCUUUGCCUGUCCCAGCCACUGGCCAGACCUGA